UUUACUAGAAGAAGAAGUCAACAGCAGCUGUUAGCUCUCUGGUUGAACUAUAUUUAGCGACUUGGCGAUAGUUGUAGUUCGUGCAAUUGAUGAAAAGGUAUCGAAAGGCGUAUUUUGACAAACCCUGAUGGUUGUGGACCAGGCUGUUGAACUUUUCUCCGCACUGAGUGGCUAACCACAAAAAGGAAGAAAUGAACUUCCAGGGUAGUCGGAGGCGAGGAGAGGAUGGCAUUGCCAUGGUGAUAGACUUCCUGCUGUCAAAUGCCCGGCUGGUUCUGGGAGUUGGUGGGGCUGCCAUGUUAGGAAUUGCUACGCUGGCUGUGAAACGUCUGAUAGAGCGCGCUGGCCGUGCAGCCGAUGAUGAAAAGGUGGAACAGAAGAUGGCUGAAAGUUGGGAGGAGUUGAGUUUGGUGUCCGCCUCCCCCACACUGAUCACAAAGGGCAUAGAGGGUGUGGUGAUGAAACAUGUUGCUAAGGCCACCAGACAGCAGAAAGAUGACCUGUGUCAACAACCCCAGAUGUCCUCUAUGGAGGUGUCCAAACCCGAGUCAAAGUCCAAGAGGCUCCAGCUGUGUGUCCUCAGUUUGCAGGAGCGUCUGCAGCAGUACUAUCACACAAGAGCAGCACUAUCUCCACCUGAGAUCCAGAGAGCUCAGUCUCUGGCUCUGGACAUCUGCACUGAGAUCCAGGGCUUUCUGCACAGCCGACAGCCUGACAUGCCUCUGGGAGAAAUGAGUCUCGGUGGUUCUCUUCUUGACGACAUGCAGGUGGUCACUGCGGACCACGCCUGUCUGCUAGUUCCUCUGCAGCUGGAAGCUUCUCUCUGGCGUCUCAUCCCUGGAGAAGAAACACUGCUCACACACCCGCUGCACUGGAUGGUCCGCCGGGUUAAUCUAGAAUAUUUUCCCAGAGGAAGGAGCUACUGGGACAGGUACCUGGUGGGCGGUUACUUGUCUGCAGAAGCUGUUGUGAACAUGUUUAGUAAAGCCGUCAUGGACAGUAUAAACUGGCCGUCCAUCAGCUGCACAAUGGACUGUCUCGUCAGCCCUGUACCGGGAGGACCAGACCUGAGACUAGAGAUAAGGCCUCGAAAUGAAGAAGGGGCAGUGAGCAGUGAUGAUCCCUUGUUCAUCACCAUGUUGCCUCUGUUGAGGCAGGAGGAUGUUGUCCUGACAGCCCAGCCUGAGCUCACCUCUCCCUGGGUCAACGCGUGGCACCUGUCUUUAUACCCUUGGGAAACUCAGCGUCUGGCCCAACUGGAUGCCGCUGAUGACGGCUCCCGCAAACAAACACUUAAAAUCUUAAAGGCAGUUUGCAGACUGAACCCAGCACUGCGGCCGCUUGAAUCUGCCCCGCUGGCCAAUCUCAUCCUUCACCUCAGUGACAGUGAGAGCGACUGGUGCCAGACCAGCCUGGAUAUGAGAUUUCAGCAGUGUAUCACAGAGCUGAUUGGCUACCUCGAGCAAGGGGUGUUACAAAGUUACUUCAAACCAGCUGUCAAUCUGCUGAGCGGCUUGUCAGAGGACCAGGUGGACCAGAUGGGCUUCAUGCUCUACUGCGCUGUGUCAGAGCCUGAAAUACUGCUGAUAUAACUCACUGUGCACACACUUUAUUUCUCAAUCUCUGACACAGGGAUCAAAGGCUUUAUCUUAUAUGAUACAUGGUGUUUGGUGUAAGACAAAGACGUAUUCUUCCUUCUCACCCCAUUUAGCCUCUCCAUCUGGCAUUGUUGUUAGGUAACAAGGUACAGUUUUGAUAACAAAAUGGCAGCAGGCACCGUGGACUGAUCUGUACACCAGAGGAGGAGAGGCCACACGGACGGUGCAGAUGUGAACGUGAUAAACACAUUAAAGGAGACAUGGCAAGGAAAGGAGCUGUGGAAGUGUUAAUCAGAUGUUUGAAAUAAUGCAUCGGGAUGUGUGUGUGUGUGUGAUCAUGAAUCCACACACUACAGCAAGAUCUACUGUCAUUUGUCUUCAUAUGAAGUGAGUCGGCAAAGUUCAGGAUAUCUAUUAACAGCAGGGAAAGUUUAUUGCUUGAGUUUUCCUUUUAAUUAGUGCUACUCUGCAUCAUUUAUCUAAAGCUCCUUUAAUAUAUUAUAACUUUGCAGAAAAAUAAUUAAAAGAAAAAAAACACCAGGAUUUGCUGCAUUUGUUAUAAACUGUUCUGUGUAACUGAGUUUGGCUCAUUUAACUCAGCAUUUAUAUUUUUUCAUAUUGAAGGUUUAAGUGUGCAGUAUUUUUGUCUGGUUUAAUGUUUGGAUGGCCAAUAUUAUUUUGGGUCAAUUAUUCCUGUAAAUUGUUGUUAAAGUGGCCUAAUAUUUAAAUGCAGUUGAUUUUAAAUAAGAAUAAAUGUGAGUGUGUGUGAGAGAUUUUCUGUGAUUGAAGAGUGAAACUACAAAUAAAAAUGAAAGCACUUGUUUA